AUGGGCAGUUCAAAAUCUACAUUAAAACAAUCUUCUGCAUUAUCACCAGUAUCAAAAUCAGCCCCAAAUAUUGCAAAAACUUCAACAUCUUCUAAUAAGUACCAACAAAAUAGAAAAAAAUCUGCACCAUCAUAUCCUAAACCUAAUGAUAGAAAACAGUCUGUUAAUUUAACAACAAGAAGGUCAUCUACAUCAGGAAGGAGUUCAUUAACCUCUGAAAAUGAAAAAAAAAAACCUAUAUUAACUGGUCCACAGAGGCAAAUUGUAAAAUACUGUAUGGAUAAUGCCAAAGAAGAUUUAGGUGAACGUAUCUUAAGAAGAAUUGUAGAAAAAAGUUUAGAUUUCCGUUUUUAUCUUGAAGCUUUAAAUAGAACUGAUAGAUUUGAAUUGGGAGAAAGUAUCAAAAAAUUUAUUCAUUCAACAGUAUUAUCUAUUAAUGAUAGUGACAAUAUCCAACAUUUAGCAGAAGAAUUUGGUUCUAAAUUUGUAGCACAUAGAAGUUUUGGUUUUAAACCAGAUUUCUUUGCUGUAACGGCAAAUGCUGUUACAACAGAAUGUGUCUUUCUUGAUGCUGCUGUUCACCAAGCAACUGAAACAUUAACAGCAUGGAGUGUUUUGACAUCAUUCUGUUUUUCCUCUGUUCGUGAUGGUUAUUAUGGAGAGUUACGACGUCAAAGACGGUUGUCUAAUAGUGCACUAAGAUUCAAAUUAUCAGUGGAUCAAUCAUCCACUGAAAAUGUAAAUCCUAGUCAUCAGGAUGUGCAAAAUACAAGACGUUCCACUUCUCCACCAAACUUUUCAUCAUCAGAUGAUGAUAGAAAUGUUAUAAAUUUCUAUAAUCCAACAAAUGAAGAAGAAUAUGAUGAAGAAAAUGAUAAUAAAAUUGGAUCAGAUACAGAUCAAAAUAGAUAUUUAAGUCCAAAUAUGGUUUAUUAA